GUAGUUUAUAUACACAAUUCGCCAUAUUUAUUGCGCUCCGUACUGUGACGCAUUUUUGGCGGCGAUUUAGCAAGUGUCUUGCAGCAAUAAACAAACAGUUUUUCAUAAUGUUGGAUCACAAGCAGACGGAAGAACUGACAGAUCACGAAGCCGAACUAUACGACAGGCAACUUCGUUUAUGGGGUUUAGAAUCGCAGAAACGAUUACGAGCUUCGAAAGUUCUUUUGAUAGGAUUGGAUGGUUUUGGCGCUGAAAUUGCUAAAAAUAUUAUUCUAUCUGGGGUCAACAGUGUUACGUUCUUAGAUCAUAGAAAUGUAACAGAGUUGGAUAGAUGUUCGCAGUUCUUCAUACCAAAAGAAGAUAUUGGAAAGAAUAAAGCUGAAGCAUCAUUGCCACGAGCACAAAAUUUGAAUCCUAUGGUUAACGUUAGUGCAGACUCAGGCAACAUUGAUGAUAAGCCUGAUGAAUACUUUGGACAAUUUGAUAUAGUAUGCGCUAUGCAUUGUACUAUUACACAAUUGAAAAGAAUAAACCGAGCAUGUAGAAAUCAGAAAGUGAAAUUCUUUGCUGGGGAUGUAUGGGGAACUAUUGGUUAUGUAUUCAUUGACUUACAAGAACAUGAAUAUCUAGAAGACGUACCAAAAUUAAAAAGAGUGACAAUACCAGAAGGUGGUGAACCUAUGGGUAAAGAAAAGAUCGAAACCAUAAUUGUUAGUGAAAAGCGUACAGAGACUUUUGUACCAUUUGAGUUUAUUUUAAAUGUUCCAAAGACAUCUUUAAAAAGGCAGGAAGAAAUCUACUAUAUAAUGCUAAUAAUGCUGAAUUAUCGCGAAAAGUAUGGUGACGAUCCAUUGCCUAGCGAAAGAGGUUGCGAAAACUUGAAAAACGAGGCUUCUGCAAUUAUUAAAAAAUAUGAGUUAGAUGACAAAAUAGAUGACUUAGUAGAGGGCGAUUUGUAUGCACAACUCAGUCCAGUUUGUUCUAUUGUUGGCGGCGUCAUGGCUCAAGAAAUAAUCAAGGCAGCGUCACAGAAACAUGCUCCACUCAAUAACUUAUUUACCUUUAACCCAGUCACAUCGUGCGGAGUUAUUCUGAAAUUGGGUUAUUAAUCAAACUCACUCUUGACAGAGCCUAAGUAUGUUAAAGAUUUUCUAAUAAUACUGUGAUAUACUGGAUAUAACAUUAUGUUCACCCUUUAUCCAUCCUUUUUAUACGAGAGAAAUGAUCACAAGAAUUUAUUUUAUCAGCAGAUUUGGAAAAUAAAAUUACAUACAUACAAC